AUGAAAUUAUACUUUGGACUGAUAGCAGCUAGUCUAAUUUGGUUAGCAUUAUGGGGCCGUAGUCUGUUUGUUAAGGAAACUACAACACCGAUGUCGUGGAAGAGUCAGUGUAUUAAAAGUCGCAAGGGGACAAUGCUUCUUAAUGAGGCGAUUGAAUACAAUGCCAAUCCAAACUGUUUGCAUUCAGAUUAUGGAAGUGCAAAUGCGACAGCUAGUGAUGUUAAAAUACCUAAACAGUAUCUAAAGUUCUGGGAAAACGCUCUGAAAGUCGGUUUAGCAAAUGAUUCUGACUUAGCCCAACUAUUUGCAAUGCUAGAUAAUUGCCUGCCAAUUGAUAAUCCUGCCGUUGAAGCUUGUUCUUCUGAUAUUGAGAAAGAUUCUUUGUCUUAUGCCAUGGUCAAUGCUAUAAAGGAACUUGAAUAUCGCUGUCUGGUUAUUAAUGACUAUAUUGAAAAGCUAGAAGGUGUAACUGAGAGUACUGCGGGGGUCGAUCUUGCUUCUUUGCUUAAAACAUCAGAUGAGGAUGAUAUUGAAGAUAAGAUCAUAAUAGUUACAGAUGGGUUUCUUGUGGAUUAUGAUAACAUAGUGCAUGAGACUAAUCCACUCAGUCCUUGGGUGGUGCCUCCGGGUAAUAUCAAAGCAAUGGUUAAAGCUUGGAAGACGAUUAUCGACAACCCAUCGGCACUCAGCUCAACUCUUUGUGCUCAGCAGCAACUCAGGCAUUUCUUGUAUGGCUUGCUAAGAGCACGGUUACUGGGCGCGAACCUUUUAAAGGCUCCUGAUACAGCAGUAGGCACCUAUGCCGAUAUUAUCAUCGAAAAUGACAUACAGGACCUUAUCGAUUCUGUUUCAAAAAUAGAUAUUGUUGAUAUCAUAAAAACCACGCCAACAGAUGAAGCAGUCAAAAAGAUGCAUGCUGAGAUCUGGCGUAUUCUUUCAGUAGAGAGCUGGCAUGCAUGGACUUUUAGAAUGGCUGAUCUUUGGGAUCGGCUUAAAGAUGCUCGUCGUUUUUGCAAUCCUUCCUUAGCAGAAGCAUAUGUAGAAAUCCCAGUGGAACAGAUUAAACAAUGGGCUGAAGAUCUGAAGAUUCUAUCAGAGCAUUUUCAAAAUCUCGCGGAAAAGACAAAACAACUGCAAACUAAACUUAAACCAUACUUAACAAAUAACAAGAAGGCCACCAGUAUUCACGAGUGUCUAGAAUAUGUCUCCGCUACUCCACAAUCUGCUUCUACUCUUGAACCUUAA